CUGUAUGCAGCCUGCAGAAGUUGGAUUACCUCUCGGUUAUCGAAUUAGCACUGGCUGCUGCUGAAGUUAUGCAGUCCGUGCGCAACGCUGAUUCCGGCCGCGAAGCUGCCGGCCCUCUAGUCGAUACGGGCAAGGGAGCGGUGAGUGUUGAGCACCUUNNGCGCAAGUAUGAAAACGCCCUAGCGUUGGCACACAUCGAUGACGCCGCUGUGGACCUAACGGGCGAUAGUCUGAAGCGCUGUCGGCCUAUCCUCCUUAGUGCCAUUCAGGAUGCCAACCGUGCUUUCCUCCCAUUUUUUUCCUUCCACACAAAAAUCAGCCAGCUUACCCACGUCGAUGACGUCUUCUUGCUGAUUUUCUACCUAAUUGGCCUUCUUCCGUGCAUUGGCUGUGAUCCCCGAGACAAAAACAACUCACCCCUUAUCAAGGCAAUAGACGAAACAAUCAGCGUCGGAGUUUCUAAACGAAAUCCGGAUGCUAUUAGCCACGAGUUAAAAGGUAAGUACUAG